AUGAGUACCAACAGAACAGAUAAUGGUCUCUUAUAGGAUUGCUAUUUUGGGCCAUCAAUAGAGUAAUCAGAAAUAAAUAUGUAUAAAAAAAAUUCCUCUUCAAGAAAUUCAAUCACUUCAGAAACAAGUUAGAAGGAAAUAGUAAGAAUGAAUUAAAGUCCACAAAAAAUUGGUAUUGCAUCAAUUAAUUAUCAAAUUUUGAAAGCUAAGUAAUAAUUUGUAAAGAAAAGUAAAAAUCUAUAGGCAUCUUAAAGUAAUUUUAUCAAGGUAAGUAGAAGAAAUGUAUUUGAAGGAAAUACAUCAUAAAUUGAUAAAAUAGAAAAAACAAAUAAACAAGAAACAUUUAAUUUUAUUAAAACAAUAAUAAAAUCGAACUUGAUAAAAAAAUUUAAACAUAAUUUACUUUCUUCAUCUUAUGUUUUACCUUUUGGAAUGAAAAAAAUAUUAGAAAAUGAAGGAUACUUAUAAGAUUACAAAGAAAGAGCAAAAUCUACAAAUCAGGUGUUUGAUUUUCAGUAUUUUAUUUUUUUAUUCAAGACAAUAAAGCCAUAAACUUCCUAAAAAAAAUCAAAGGUUAAUUAAUCUAUUAAUGCCAGAUAGAAAUUUUACCUUAGUUUGGGAUUUGUUUUCAUUGCUAAUUUUAUUUCUAAGUCUUUUAUUAAGUACUUUGAUAGCUUCUUUUGGUUAACAUUUAAAUAAUAUUAAACCUACAGAAAUCAUGAUAAACCUAUACAUAAUUUUGGAGGUUUUGUUUUCAAUUUAUCGUCCAAUCAUGGUGAAUGGGGAAGUUGUAUUUGAUAUGUCAUAAAUAUGGGAUAAUUAUCUAAGAACUUAACUUUUAGAAGAUGUGAUCAGUUUUACUAUAUGGUUUUUAGUUUAUUUUGAUUUUGAUAAAUAGAUAUAUCUUAAUGAGAUCAUGGCAAUUUUAUAAUUUUUGAUAACAAUUAGGAAGAUAAAUCGAAAAUAUAACAUUUUAAUAGAGCAAUUAUAUUUAAAAGGGUUUAAUAGUAAUCUUCUGAAUAUAGUUACUUUAGUAAUUAUAAUUUGUUUUUUUGCUCAUACAAUGGCAUGUAUGUGGCAUCGUGUAGGAGAUAUUACUUAAAAUUAUGGAUCUUGGCUUGUUUACUAUAAUAUUAUUGAUGAUACAUUAUGGGUUAGAUAUAAUUACUCAUUUUAUUGGGCAACAAUGACUAUGGUAACUGUUGGAUAUGGAGAUAUUACACCAAAAAAUUAAUUUGAAGUUACUUUUGCAACAAUAAUGAUGUUAUCUUCAAGUUGUAUGUUUGCAUACACAAUGAAUUCUAUAGGAGUUAUUGUUAAAACAAUUUAUGAUUAAUAAACAAAGUUUAAGUAAAUAAAUUAUAUAUAAAAUUAUAGACGAACUUUGAUUUUAAUGAAUUAAUUCAUGUCUAAAAAUGAAGUUGAUUAAUAAAUAUAAAGAAGAGUAAAAAAUUACAUUAAAUAUAAUAUUGAAAAUGAUAUUCUUGAAAAUUAGGAAGACACUACAAGAUUAGUUGAUGAAUUACCACAAAAUCUAAAAAAAUAAAUUCAAUAGGAUAUUUAAUAUAGGAUAAUCUAAAAAAUUAAAGUUUUCACUGAUAAUUUCUCAUUAUCAACAUAAAAUAAGGUUAAAAAUAUUUUAGUUGAAGUGAAAUCUACACCAAAUGAUUUUAUUUAUCAUAGAAAUGAUAAUAAAAAUAAAAAUUUGUAAAAUUAUAUAUAAAACUGUUAGGUAUUUCAUUAAAGAAGGAGAAGUUUAAAUUAUAGAAGAACAAAGUUAGAAAAUUAUAAAGGUUUUAAAAGCAGGUGAAACAUUUGGAGAAUUUUAAUUUUUUACAGGCUAAAAUAUUAAAGAAUCUAUUAUUAGUGUUGGAUUCACUUAAUUAUUUAAAAUAGAUAGAGAACAAUUUAUUUCAAUAAUAAAAUAGAACUCAAAAGAUUUUGAGAGAUUUCAUAAAAUAAAAGACUGUAUACUUUAUUCAAAAUUAUUCUCAGUUGUAUAACUAAAAUGUUAAUUUUGUGGUUAAUCCACUCAUAUUUAAAUAGAAUGUCCUUUUAUGACAUAUUAACCUAAUUUAUAUCUGAAAAUAUUGAAAAUGAAUUAAACAUAAAUAAAUUAUAGGUUUUAUUAAAGAAGAUCUGGUGAAAAAAUCAAAUCUAUCAUGAUCUUAGAACUAAUCUAAAAAGCUAUAAAAGAGUUUUAAGAAGAUUAUGCAGCUUCUCUUAAUACAGAUAAAAUGAUAAAUUAUUAAAUAUCAAACUCUUUAAGUUAUAUAUAAGACUCUCAACAGAUGUUAGAUUAAAAAUUAUCAAAUAAGUCAAUUUAGAAAUAAGAUUAAAAUAGAAAAACAUCUUCUGAUAAUAGAAGGGAUUCUCUUUUUCUUAAAAAAAUUGAUAGUGAUAAAUACAAUAAAUCGUAAUUAAUUAUUAAAAAGAGACCUUCAUUAAUAGAGGAUGAAAAAAAAAAAACACUUAUAAAAGGGACAUUGAUUUUUUAAUAACUAGAUUAAUUUCAAGAAUUCUUUCAACAUAUACAAUAAGAAGGAUUUGAUAAAAUUCAUAAUUAUACAGAAUAUUAACCUCACAAUAAUUUCAAUAAUGUAAUAAAACAACUAUACAAAGAAAAAAAUAAAUUUAAAAAUACAAAAUAAUUAAGAAGAGAAUAAAGUAGAAGAGAUUAAUGA